CACGAAAUCUGUACAUGCCACACGGAAACAAAUUGCUUGUUUGAUCUUGGUGGUCUUGGCUUUUAGCCCUAUAAGACCCAUACGCCAAGUUUGUCUCAGUCCCUUUGGAAUCAUUUCACAAAGCUGCGCUCUUAUCGUUUUUGCUGUUUUAUAGCCCUGCGCAGGGGUUUUGCGCAUGCCCAAAGCCAUGCUGACACAACCUUUUCUGGCGUUGAAGGCUUCGCUGCGCCUGGUAUUUCGAGCAUUCUAUUUGCGCAGGAAAGCCACUAUUGCUGUGGUUACCCUUACUUUGCUUUGGCUUUUCUUAUCUUCAUGUCGGAGACCGCCAUUGAUUGACCCUGAGUUCGGCCUUGUGAGAAACACUACAUCGGAGUCGAAAUAUGCAAUCGCCACGUUCCUCACAGGGGGAAAUAAAAAAUCACUCAACGCCAAGGAUUUGGACUCAAACCCUUACAACAUUGCCACACGUGUUCUUGCAUACCAACUUCUGCACGCUGAGGAGACGCGCUGCAACGCUUCUGUCGACUUUGUCGUUCUGGUCACGCCAAACGUGCCCAAGUACACCAGAGAUCAGCUGACCGCAGAUGGUGCUGUGGUGGUUGAAGCAAAAGAUAUUCCUCUCAGUUGGUGGGUCAGCACUGGCGUCACAAGAUGGAAAGACCAAUUUCUCAAGCUGCGAUUGUUUGAGAUGACUCAGUAUGAUCGGCUAUUGUUCGUUGAUGCAGACACGUUGAUUAGAGGAAAGUUGGAUGAGAUAUUCAACGAGCUUGAAGUUCAGAGGCCUGCGCAGACGCUUUCUCAUCGCGUACGACGGGCAGACGAAGCACCGUUACCAGCGCAGUAUAUGUUCGCCGCGAGAUCUGACAACCAAUUCACUGGCGAACGUCGCCAUCCAUUUCCGCCAUUGAACACUGAAGUCUUCAGCGCCGGCUUUUGGAUAGCAGCACCUUCUCAAGAGCUAUUUGACUAUUUUCUGUCAAUUUUGAAACAUUAUCGCCGCUUUGAUCCCCAUACUAUGGAGCAGAGCCUCCUCAACUACGCCUUCCGACGAGACGGCCCGAUGCCUUGGAGAGAGAUGCAUUACAAAUGGAGCGCCACUUGGCCAAAUUCUGGAGAUGUUGAAGGGCACGUGGUAACACUGCACGAAAAAUUCUGGAAAACUGGGCCACAAGAUCUGCGGAAGUUGUGGCGAGAACAAAAGGGGAAUAUGCAGCGCUACUUUUCGAAGCACGGCAAUUGAUUGUUCAGUUUAAGUAGAGGGAAAGGAAUGUGCGACGAAAUCAAGCUGUUUGCUAGGCAGGCAGUUAUUUUGCACCAAUCACCGAACAUGCUGCCACCGCUAGCAUCGCUUUUGCGACGGUUAAUCCACUUCAAGCUGGAUACGACUGAUGAAAGACAUUCGAUUGUGGCUCGCGACCAGGGCUGGCCGUCUCUGGCAUCUGCCUUGUGUUAUUAAAUUAUAAUGAUAAUUGCUUGGAAGGUUACGCCUGUAUUUUCAGGUCUUCUUCUGGAUUGAGAUGUGUAGUCUAGGAUACCCUUUAAAGAUGCUUGGGAUGGGGAAUGGAGCUGAAUGCUCUGGCCGCGUGCUGAUCUCGGAUGGAUCAUAUGCAUCGCAAACUGCACCGAUGGCAGCUUGGUAGUAGCCAGGAGCAAUGCUAGUAUAUUAGUUAUAGUUAUAUACCCUAUUAGAUAAUGAAAUCAUG